UCAACCGAUCCAGGGACCUGAGCCAAGGCGCGUCGGACGCUGAGAGGCCAGCAGCUCGGGGCUCGGCGGCAGAGGCCGGCGGAGUGGGGGGGUGGGGCGCCGAGCGCGCGGGGAGGGGGGUCCUGCUCCUCGGCUCGGCUUGGCUCGGUCCGGUCUCGACUGCGAACAUGUCGCGGCCUGUCAGAAAUAGGAAGGUCGUUGAUUAUUCACAGUUUCAGGAAUCAGAUGAUGCAGAUGAAGAUUAUGGAAGAGAUUCAGGCCCUCCAGCUAAGAAAAUUCGGUCAUCUCCUCCAGAAGCUAAAAAUAAAAGGCGAUCUGGAAAGAAUUCACAAGAAGACAGUGAGGAUUCAGAAGAAAAAGAUGUGAAGACCAAGAAGGAUGAUUCUCACUCAGCAGAGGACAGUGAAGAUGAAAAAGACGACCAUAAAAAUGUGCGCCAGCAACGGCAGGCAGCAUCUAAAGCAGCUUCUAAACAGAGAGAGAUGCUCUUAGAAGAUGUGGGGAGUGAAGAAGAACCAGAGGAAGAGGAUGAGGCACCAUUCCAGGAGAAAGAUUCUGGCAGCGAUGAAGAUUUCCUAAUGGAAGACGACGACGAUAGUGACUAUGGCAGUUCAAAAAAGAAAAACAAAAAGAUGGUUAAGAAGUCCAAACCUGAGAGAAAAGAGAAGAAAAUGCCCAAACCAAGGCUAAAGGCUACAGUGACACCAAGUCCAGUGAAAGGCAAAGGGAAAGUGGGUCGCCCCACAGCUUCAAAGGCUUCAAAGGAUAAGACUCCUUCUCCCAAAGAUGACGACGAGGAAGCAGAAAGCCCUCCAGAGAAGAAGACGUCUGCAAGCCCCCCAAUGGAGAAAUCUGGAGAUGAAGGGUCUGAAGAUGAAGUGCAGUCUGGGGAAGAUUAAAAAGUGAUGAUGUUUUGGGAGAGAUUUUAUU